AUGGGGGCGCUGGCCAGGGCCCCCUUGCUGCUGUGGCUCGCCAUCGGCUUCCCGCAAAGACUCGGGCUGAAGUGUGGAGUUCGUGCCAUCCAUUUGAGCAGUUCAGAAACUGACUUGGCAUGUGGGUUCUUCUCUAGAACCUUUCGCUGAAGGAAUUCAGCAGUUGGUCGACAUCCAUGGCAGGUCUCCCUAAAAUUAGGUGAGCGCCACUUCUGUCGAGGAAGCUUGCUUCAAGAAGAUCUGGUGGUUACAGCAGCCCACUGCCUGGUUAGCCUCUAUGAGAAGCAAAUUAGGAGUCUGACUGUGACUGCUGGAGAGUACAACCUCCGACAAGAGGAUGAGCAGGAGCAGAAUAUUCCUGUCUCAAAAAUUAUCCAUCCUGAAUACAGCAGGCUUGGCUAUAGGAGUUCUGAUAUUGCACUGCUGUUUUUAAAACACAAAGUCAAGUUUGGCAUUGCUGUUCAGCCGAUCUGUAUUCCCCAUAGAGAUGACCAAUUUGAAGAAGGGAUUCUUUGCAUGGCCAGUGGAUGGGGCAGGAUUUCAGAGACAAAGGAAUAUUCAAAUGUCCUACAAGAAGUGCAACUUCCCAUCCUGGAUGACAGAACGUGUAAUACUGUGCUCAAGGAUAUGAACCUUCCUCCGGUAGGAAGGACCACGCUGUGUGCCAGUUUCCUUGAUGGGGAAAAGCAUGCCUGCCAGGGGGACUCUGGCAGUCCACUUGUUUGUAGAAGAGACAAUGGAAUCUGGGUCCUUGUUGGGAUAACUUCCUGGGGAGCUUGUGCUAGCAAUUGCGCUCCUUUAAGAAAUAACCAUAGAAGAGCAUCGCCUGGCAUUUUCUCCAAGGUGUUUGAGUUGACAGAUUUUAUCACUCAGAACAUGUUCACAGUGGGUGUAAUUUCUGUGAAUUCUUCCUCGUUUCAUUCCAAGUCAAAACUUGAUAAUACUUAUUUAAAGAGGAGUUUCUCUGAUAUAGAACAGAUUGGUGGUUGCCAGAGGUAGUGUUGAGGGGAGGAUUGUAGAUCUCAGGGAACAAUGUUGUUUGGAGAAAGUGGGAAGAUUCAUUACCCCCAUUCUUAAGCAGGCAACUAUUCUCAUAAUUGCUUAUGUAUCUGGAAAAUAAUGGUACCAGAAGAUAAAAUUAUCCUGAUAAAAUUCACAAGCUUAGACAUAGAAAAUCAAGUUGGAUGUGACCAUGACUAUGUAUCUUUACAAUCAAGCAACGGAAUGCUUAUUAGUAAGGUCUGUAGAGACAUAUUACCCUCACCACUGCUGACAGAGAACAACGAGGCCGUAGUUACAUUUGUGUCUGAUGCAGAAAACAGCGGCAGUGGCUUCGAGCUCACCUUUACUGCUGUACGGAAGAACUCAGAAGCUGUUUCAGGUUGCGGGAGUGCAGCUGUAUUGGUGGAAGAAGGGACAAUUCAUUCUGCCAAGUAUCCUGACUUGUAUCCCAGGAAUGUAAGGUGUCGCUGGUUCAUUCGUGCUCCAGGGAAUCACGUUAUAAAGUUGGCAUUUGAGGACCUUGCUAUUGAAUUUAACGAAAACUGUAUUUAUGAUGCCAUCGUGAUUUAUGGUGAUCCUGAAGAGGAGCAAGAGUUAGCUAAACUUUGUGGAACCUUGAGCCCUACUCCAGUAUUCAGUCCUGGUGACAUGAUGGUCAUUCAUUUUAAAAGUGAUGGUGAAAAUAACUUCCGAGGCUUCAAGGCUAGAUUCACCUGUCUGCCCUCAGACUCUUUAAACAAAAUUGGAUCGACAUCACCUCCCAAAACCAAUCCUGUUUCUCCUGCAAAACCUAUUCCAUAUGGUGUCUGUGGCAUCCCUCCGUUCAGCCCCCAGUGGCUUUCCAGAAGAAUUGCAGGAGGGGAAGAAGCCUGCCCCCACUGUUGGCCGUGGCAGGUGGGUUUGAGGUUUCUAGGCACUCACCAGUGUGGAGGUGCCGUCAUCAACCCAGUUUGGAUUCUGACUGCAGCCCACUGUGUGCAACUAAAAAAUAAUCCACUUUUCUGGACCGUUGUUGCUGGGGACCGUGACAGAACCCUGAAAGAAUCAACUGAGCAAGUGAGACGUGUAAAGGACAUCAUGGUCCAUGAAGACUUUGAUAGACUGACCUAUGACUCUGACAUCUUCCUUAUACAACUGAGCUCUCCCCUGGAGUUCAACUCCAUGGUGGGACCAGUAUGUCUCCCACACAGUGUGGAGCCUCUGCUUUCCUCUGAGAUCUGUGCUGUGACUGGAUGGGGAUGCAUUAGUGAAGGUGGAGGCCUAGCCAGUCGCUUACAGCAGAUUCAAGUGCCCGUGUUAGAGAGACAGGUCUGCAAACGCACUUACUAUUCUGCUCACCCAGGAGGGAUCACAGAGAAGAUGAUCUGUGCUGGCUUUGCAGCGUCUGGAGGGAAAGAUUUCUGUCAGGGAGACUCUGGUGGGCCAUUAGUAUGUAGACAUGAAAAAGGUCCCUUUGUCCUCUAUGGCAUCGUCAGCUGGGGAGCCAGCUGUGCCCAGCCAAGGAAGCCAGGUGUAUUUGCCAGGGUGAGUGUCUUCUUGGACUGGAUCCAAUCCAAAAUCAAAGGUCCUGCUUCACUUCAGAUAGAUAAUGAAAGUAAAACCCUAACAAGACAACAAUUGCUACCAUCCACACCUUCAACAGACAGUGCAUCUAGGCCAGGCUGUUACUCUGAAGUGGAGCUGGAAGAACCCAGAGGCUUCUUUUCAACUCCAAGAUAUCCUCUGGAUUAUAGAGGAAAACUGGAAUGUUCUUGGGUGCUCAGAGUUUCACCAAGUAGUAUGGCAAAAUUUACGGUUGAGUAUCUGUCACUCCCUGGGUCUUAUAUGUGUCGAGAUUCAGUUCUGACUAUUUAUGAAGAAAGCCACAGUGAGAGAAGGAUGGCAGGUGGACUAUGUGGAAGAAGGCUUUACCCAAAUUUCAUGAGCUCUGGACCACUCGUGAGGGUGUCUUUUCACUCCCUUGUGCAAGGUGCUUUUGGCAUAAGUUAUAUUGUCUUUAGAGUCCAAGGUCCAAAAAGCAGUAAAACUACCAAACUUCUCCAGGGUACAAACCAAGUGCAUGUGGCCACUUGUGAGGAUGUUAUUCUGACCAAACCAGCAGGAAUCAUACAGAUCCCAAGAUAUUUUCACAGAACCACUAUGAGCUGCCACUGGAGGUUAUUAGCCCCUUUAAAUCACAUCAUUCGCCUUGAUAUUAUCAACUUUCAGGUGAAACCAACACCCCUGGCCUGUCAGGGUCACCUGUGGGUUUAUGAAGGAUUUGGAGCAGACAAAAAAUUAAUAGAUUCCAUGAGAGGAAAGAUCAAAGUUAAUGAUAAAGGAUGUCCAGUAUUGGAUUUGAUUCCAGUUCGUUCUGUUGAGAUCACAUCUCCUAAUUACCCUAAUAUUUAUCCCAACAUGCUGAACUGCACUUGGACUUUUUAUUGCAUGUCAGGAAAUAAAAUGAAGGCAGUGAUUAAAGACUUUAUAACAGAAGAAUCUUGGAACUGUGCAUGGGAUUACUUCAAUAUUUAUGAUGGACCAGAUCAGCAAUCAAGAUUACUUGCUCACUUCUGUGGCUCCAAGAAAGAAUUUGUGUUGAUAUCCAGUGGUGCUUUCCUGACCAUGAAUUUUAAGACUGAUGAAUCUGUGGGAGAAAGAGGUUUUAAACUUAUUUUGGAAGAUACGAUUCAGAAGCAAUCACAAGAAAGCAAUGUUGGGGCCCAACUGCCUAUCAGUGGGGUAACAGUAGGAAACAAGACAAGAAGACAGCCAACCCAAGACAGACGUGGCAUUCCAGUUGUUGACCCAUUUCUAAGGGAAGGGUCUGAGAGAAAUCCAAAUGUACUGCCAGCCGAGCUUGGGGAGCCCAGGGUGGUUGGUGGCCGUGCUGCACCUGCAAUGUCGUGGCCCUGGCUGGUCAGUCUGCAGCACCAAGUACAACAUUACUGCGGAGGUGCUCUGAUUGCAAAACAGUGGGUCCCAACCGCGGCACACUAUAACUUUAGCACUGUCACAGACAAGCUGGUAAUAGGAAGAAGUUACCUCUCGAACGUAAGGAACAGUGAUUUGAUGCCAGUGAAAGCUGUAUACGCUCACCCUGGCUUCACACAAUUUCCUCCUAAUGAGGAUCUAGCCCUGUUGCAUCUGGAAAAACCCGUUGAACUAGAAGAUGAAUUUCCUAAAAUUGUGCAGCAGGCAGAGGUACCACUGAUCAGUAGUACAUCUUGUCGAAGCUACUGGGGGCUGGAUAUUAAAAACACCAGUAUAUGUGGAGGGGCUGCAGGAUCAUCCUCAUGCAUGGGAGAUUCUGGAGGACCACUGCAGUGCACCCGGGACGGGCAGUACAAGCUCGUCGGUAUCGUGAGCUGGGGCAGCAGUAACUGCUAUCCCACCGCGCCAACAGUCUUCACCAGAAUUUCUGCCUACAGGGACUGGAUCACAUCUGUCACCGGAGGAGAAGCAUGA